AUGAGUAAAGCUCAUUUGAAAAAGUAUAUGGAAAAGGUUUUAACAUUGAAGCUGAAUGGAAACAGAAAAGUAACAGGUACUCUCAGAGGCUUUGACCCUUUUAUGAAUCUUGUUGUUGAUGAUGCUAUUGAAGAAACAAAAUCAGGAGAAAAGAGAAACAUUGGAAUGGUGGUCAUUCAUGGAGUAAUGGAUUACAAAGACACUUUAGAAUUUAGAAUUCAUACUGGGGAAAAGCCUUACAUGUGUAGGAAAUGUGGUAAAUUUUUGAGAGUGUGUGGUCAAUUUAGGAGACACCUUAGAAUUCAUACUGGAGAAAAAUUUAAUAUUUGA